AGCACGAUUCAGGUGGUCUGCGCUGGGAUACACCAGGGCGCAGGUCGCUAGCUGCAGGCAGAGGGCCGUUGGCAGCCGCCUCAAGAAGCUAUGUACCGAGGAGCGGUGUCGCCGAUUCGGGCGUGCCAACACCGAUUCAACUCGUGACCGCCCGAUCGGCAAGACGUGCUCAGCCAUACAGAGGCCCAGCCGCGUGACGACGCGCAGAGUGCAUGCUCCGUAAGUGUGUAGGUGUGUAGCCGCAUGCGCGCACCAGCCCAGCCCUCUGACCUCGACCUCCCAUCCACGCCAUGCCCUCUCCCUCCGGCGCCGACGCACCGACAUCGCAGGACCUAUCCCAAUCGCAGAACGGCGCGUCCUCGUACCAGAACGGCGCGGUCCAGCCGCCCUCGGAUGCGUCCUCAGCCGCCUCGAGCUUCGAUGCGCCGGGCGACCACAACGCGAUCCGUGACGGCAAGCACAAGGCCAAGGCUGUCCUCGCCGCCUCGGGCGUGAACAUGGACUCCCCCGGCGCCGACGGCGUCAACGGCGCGUCGCGCAAGCGCUCCCACUCGGGCUCGCGAAAGCCCUCGACGGCCGUGGCCCACGACCUCACCGACGGCCAGAAGCUGGAGCAGACGGCGCUGCUCAACCGCUACAUCGCCCGCGACUUGCUGGACAGCGUCAACAAGCACGAGCGCAGCAAGUACUCGGAGAAGGUCUACGGCGAGCUGAACGACCUGCGCGACUUCUACCGCGAAGAAGUCUUCCCCGUGCGCCGCCAGAACCCCGGCGCCAUCUUCGGAUCUGGCUACGCUGGCUACGGCAAUGGAGUCACCGAUGUCCCCUCGAACGCGCGCGACCCACGGUCGCAACUGCCGCAUCUCCUGUAUCCCGGCCAGGCCAAGCGCGCUGGACGCCGUGCUGCGCCGCAGCUGAAGGUGGACCGCGAGAAGUGCGGACAGCAAGCCGAGCAGGUCGAGGAGCUGGUCCCUGUGCGUCUGGAGAUUGAACUGGAUCGCCUGAAGCUGCGCGACACGUUUACAUGGAACCUCCACGACCGCCUCACGGACCCUCUGCUUGUCGCACGCACGCUCGUCGAAGAUUUCCAGGUCCCGCCAGAGCUGCAGCAGAACAUCAUCCACCAGGUCAACCGCGAGAUCCACGAGCAGAUCCAGGACUACUACCCCCAUGCCUUCUUCGACGACGAGCCGCUCGAUCCCUCGCAGCCGUACUCGGCAUACAAGAACGACGAGAUGCGCAUCUUGAUCAAGUUGAACAUCACCAUCGGACAGCACACUCUGGUGGACCAGUUCGAGUGGGAGAUCAACGACGCCUUGAACUCGCCAGAGCAAUUCGCAAGACAGAUGGCCGCCGAUCUCUCUCUGAGCGGAGAAUUUGUGACAGCGAUUGCCCACUCGAUACGUGAGCAGUGCCAGAUGUUCACAAAGAGUCUGUACAUUACAGGUCAUCCCUUUGACGGGCGACCGGUGGAAGAUACAGACAUCCAAGACAACUUCCUUGCGUCACCACUACCGUCGGUCUUUCGACCCAUGCAGUCGACCAAGGACUACCAGCCAUACCUAUACGAACUCAGCCACGCCGAGUUGGAGCGAGCAGAGCUCUCCAUACUGCGUGAACAGCGGCGUCAGAAGCGCUCUGUCAACCGGCGUGGAGGGCCUGCGUUGCCAGAUCUCAAGGACCGACAGCGGACGGUUCGCACUCUUGUCGUUUCUUCUGUUCUUCCCGGCGCCGCCGAGACACUGGAAGAAAGCCAUCUUUUCAAGGCUACACGGAAAGCGAGAGAAGGCCGGAGACGCAAUGCUGAUGAUGAUUCGGACGACUCUGACAGCGACGAUUCUAUCAUGGACUCGCCCGCACCAGCGGUGCCUACCGGUGGAACCGCACGAACAAGAGGUAUGCGUGGAGCUGCAGUGUCGGCGCAAGCAGCAAUGAGGUCGGCCAUUGGGCGAUCAGCAACUCCAGAGGUUGCUCAGCUUCAACAUGAUGUCGUCCAGCAGCGCUCGACAAGAGCUCAGAGAUACGAGGCACGUGAGGAAAGCGUACCUGAGUCGAGCACGAUGAUCGUCAAGCUCCGCAUUUCUUCUUCGAAGCUCCGAGAGUUCCAGAGGAACCCCAGGGCGUUUGCGAAGCCUGCGUCCACGCCGAUGAUGGCACCCACUUCUCUUCCUGCACGAGGUACACCGACGAACUCCAUGCCUCCGCCCCCUUCGCCAGCCAUGGCACCGAGCUCAAAGCCCGCCGAAGCUUCCCCGCGACUACCUCCAACGCCUACACCGAAGCCACAGCCGAAGCAGUGGCAGCACAAGCCUGAUGGUUCACUCGAUGCGACAUGGCCAGCGCCAGCCCAAUCACAAACACCGCCUCCUCCAGCAUGGGUGCAACAAGCCCUCCAAGACCUCCGCGACCGGAACCCCGACCACAAAUUCGAGUCCAUUAUGCGCUAUGUCAUCAUGAACGAAGCCCACGAGAACCGCGAGACCGGCAAGACCGAGCCCAAGGCUGUCAAGCUUGAUGGUCUCUCCCUCAGCGAUCCCCUCCCGGCGAACCACAAGGCCUACUAUCUCCCAAGGAUACGCUGCCAGGACUGUCCCGGAAAGCUCUACAAUGCAGGUCCAGGGCAGACAGUGACGAACUUUGAGUUGCAUCUGAAGAACAGGCAGCACAUGAGCAAUGUGUCCAACAGGAUCGGGCGACCCGUUUCGUAGAACGGGCUGCUGCGAAAAGAUGCCUGCCUACGCGCGGGAGUUUGACAGUGACAGCAAGAAUUGGAUUUCGACAUUGGCAAGGAUACGCCAUGAUCUUUUGUAUAAACAGCGAAUCAUUGGGAGCAUGUGGAGAUGCGUGGAAAAAUUGGCGUCUUUCUUGGGAGGAGCAUUGCUUGUCUGGCACAGGUCACUUGGUCCACAGAAUGCGCAGAGAGGCCUUCUUUGGAAGUUGCAAGUAGAGCUGCCACUGCGCAGCAAGUAAGUAGACACGAAAUGUACUUGUUUAU